CAUUGGGUGUGUUGUCGAUUACACGAUCGAUUGCACGUCUUUUUAGUUUCGCGGGAGAAUUCAUUUCCGAUGACAUCACCAGUACGCGGCCUGUGAUUGGUCAGACUUGGAGGUGUGUACCUGACGUUUCAAAUCUAAUUUGCGUUGCCAAUGAGGUAGGUAGAUUCUGAGACGGGGAGGUCUGUACGUGUACCGGCACGGAAAUCGUCAUUUUUGCACGUAUUCCUCCCGAGUUCGGAUCAGAAUGUUGAUUAUCUGUGUCUGAGAACAUCUUCCAGACGACAGGACAUCGUUGGUUUGGAUCCCGGGGGCGAGACGCUGAAGAAAUCUGGCCGUUAUCUACGCGCGGGCUCGCUCUGUGGAAAUUCACAGGCGGCUGGUGGACUGACCCUUGACCUGCCAAGUCUCUUCCGCUGUCCUGUUACCGGAGAUACCCUAACUUUCUUGGACGAUUUUCCACGGCUUUACACCCCAGAUUUGUCGCCUAACACUGCCUAUCCACUAUCACAUCGAUUCUGACUGGUUGAAGGACUCGCUAGACGCCGCAUUAGCUGGCUAGCUAGGGAACAGCAGUUGGCACAGGGAAUCGUGGGCAGAGGGUCCAUUUUGCCAGUAGUGGUUUGUGCUGCCCGUACAUGGCCGGAUCCGAGACGGAGGCGGACCCCAUCUUUCUUAGUAAGGAUUGCUUGCGGACCUUUUCCGACCUGUCGUCGCGUGACCACCUCACCCGUGGUUUGGCUAUGGACAGUGUGGCGUCCAUGUACGAGAAUUGGAUCAAGCGACACCACCAACCACCACCGACAGAAUCUGCUCCCUCCACGGACGUUCACGAGAAUGGCGAGAUUUCUCAGCACUCGCGGCACCUGACUCAGCACCUGUCCUCGCUCAUAAGACUAUCCGCACAGUGUCCCUUCAACGAUGUACGCGACAGAGCAAACGAGAUUCUGGAAUGUGUCAAGGAGCGGGGUGUACAGAUACCGAGGCCAGUCAGCCAGGGACCAAGUUCCUUCAUCCCAGAACAUGAGAUUGUACCACCAGAGACAGAUGAUGAACAGACCAGACAGCUGUUUGUGGACGCGUUCCUGCAGAACAAUCGGCUGGAGAACAUCACCAGUGUCAUGGGCUUCCACCCGCAGUACCUGGAGAGCUUCCUGCGGCUGCAGCACUACCUGCUGCGCAUGGACGGGCCACUCCCACAGGACUACAGGCACUACAUAGGGGUCAUGUCGGCAGCGCGGCACCAGUGCAGCUACCUGGUGGACCUGCAGGAGAGUGAGUUCCUGAUGCAGGACGGCGAUCCUGACUGGCUGAAGGGCUUGGACUACAUCCCGCAGAAGCUAAAAAACUUGUGCGAAUUAAACAAAAUCCUGGCACACAGACCGUGGCUCAUCACAAAACAACACAUAGAGCAAUUAUUGCGAGGAAAUGACAGCUGGUCCUUGUCGGAGCUCGUCCACGCCAUCGUGCUGCUCGCUCACUUCCACUCGCUCGCCAGCUUCGUCUUCGGUACCGGAAUCAACCUGGAGAUCGACCACGAGUGCGGGCACACGUUACAACCCGCCUCGCUGUCGGAGGGAGCUAAUGACGUGGAGGCACACCACUCCAACAGUGUUGCAUCGAGUUUAGAGAGCAGUGAGCCGGGUGUGGAGAUGCUCAUGCACAGGAUGAAGAAGAUCCAGGAAGCGGCAGACUUGCAGGAGAUCAGCCAGGAGGAGAUGAAACAGAGAUUCGAAAAAGUCGAGAAGCAGAGUCUUGAGUUGUUACCAGGCCAAAGUGCCUGUUCAGAGUGCCUCGCAGUGUCCGACUAUGCCAAGUACAGGGACGACCCCAACUUCCACUACGAGGACUUCGCCAAAAGAGGGGAGGAGCGGACGAUCCCCACCUUUAGAGCACAGAAGGAAGCCCCUCCAGGCUGGCUUAGGGACUACUCGUGGGAGGAUCAAGGCUUCUCAUUGGUCAACCGCCUGUACUCGGACAUUGGGCAGCUGCUAGACGACAAGUUCAGGAUGGCGUACAAUCUGACAUACUACACAAUGGGCCCACAGAAGGAUGUGGACACGUCAAUGCUCCGUGCCGCCAUCUGGAACUACAUCCACUGCAUGUUUGGGAUCUUCCACGAUGACUACGAUUACGGGGAGGUGAACCAGCUCCUGGACAUCAGACUCAAGUCUUUCAUCAAGACAGUCACCUGCUACCCGGAGAGGACCACACGCAAGGACUACGACAACUUCUGGAAGGAAUUCAAACAUUCAGAAAAGGUGCAGGUGAACCUGAUGGUACUGGAGGCACGCAUGCAGGCAGAGCUUCUCUAUGCCCUCCGUGCCAUCAUGAGGUACAUGAUGUAGGCGCCCCGCCCCACCGUCCAGCCUUCACCGUGGAAACAACAAGCCAAACAAACAAGCAAACAAAAACAUUGACUUCGGUGUCUCUGUUGUGUCUGUCCCUCCCCAGGUGCAUGUGUGCAUCAUGAUCCAGGAGGCCCGUAUGCAAGCGGAACUUCUGUACGCCCUACGCGCCAUCAUGAAGUAUAUGACGUAAGCCGGGGACCCCGUCUGGUUGGCACGGCAACCGACAGCCCUACUGUAUCGCUAUGACAACCUGAAAAUGUUCUUGCAUGUGUGCCAAGCAAGCUGAUAUCCCUGCACUGAUUCUCGUCUGCUCAUAGACACACUGGCUUUAUAGAAGAGACAACAAAUACAACAAUUCAGACAGGAUGUGCUCUCGCAAAACUGCAAAGGAUAAAGGAAGAAGGCAGCUGCAGAGGAAGGAACAAGACUAAAACUGGUUAAAAAAUUUGUACCUGAUAUUCCAUAUAUAUGUAUUAACCCCUUUUGCACUGUUAGUUCAGUCCACUACAGUUCACACACCCAUAUUUAUGGAGUGUACUUUUAUCCGUUGGGGGUGAGGGUUGGGUUUGGCACACAGUAAGGAACAUUGUUCCAAGGGCCUUGGUCACCAAAGCUUCUAGUGGCAAUAAUUACGUUUGUUCAAAAGAUGGUGCAGAGUCUCUGAAACCAUCACCCUAAGGGUCUGACAGCUGUCAAUCACUCCAAGGAUUUACGAACAAGGUCCAAUCUUGUGCUUCUUUCUUAUUUGCCACAUUUGAUACCUCAUUUUGUUACAGGUUAAUUGUUAGUAAUGAAAAUCUGAUUGUGUCAAAAUGUCCCUCUCUGUAAAUACUGGGGAUGAGAAGCCUGGCACUGUGGCUGCACAGUCGUGUUGUACAUAUCAUGGAGAUUUUCAAAAUGACGGAAGGACUUCACAUACACACACACACAUUCGCUGCCUUCUUCAGGAAGAUGUGAUUGACAGCUGUCAUGUGUGACAAGUUUUGCACAUAUACUGUACAUGUGCAGUCUGGGCUGUUUUGCACCCUUGCAUAGUCUAGGGUUGUUGUGCACCCAUGUACAUGUAUGUCUUGCAGGCUCUGUCUUGGGUUGUAUCCACCCUUGCAUAUCCUAAGGUUAUACUCUACACAUGUGUAAAAAAAAGAAAGAAACUUGGGCAUUUCUUUCAGCAAACACAGGAGCAGUGGAAAAUAUAUACAAAAAAAUGAAUAAAACUGUAACAGUUGUAUAUCUGUUGUAUAAUGAAGAUUUUGUAUUAAACAAAAAUAAGAAUUCCAAAAUGUAAAAGACUCAAGAAAGAUGUGUUGUGUGUUCCAUGUAAUAACCAAGAAUAGAUUGUGCAUGCAGGGUAAAAAAAAAAAGAAGCUUGCAGUUUACUGUAACUAUAAGAAAAUAACCCUUCCGCUCCUGUAGUUUGUUAAGGGAGAAAUUGCCCACAUCAUUGACAUUCUCCAGCUUUGGUGCCAAGCCAUUGUGCUAGUGUGAUACACUGGUUACAUCAGUAUUGUAAGGUUCUGUCAUGUUAAGUUCAAGUUCUUCUUCGCCGAGCAGCUAUGACUUUUGUAUGGAACAGACUGUGAAAAUGAUAGGCGAUGCAGAAAGUUUGCUGAAUUCAACUACAGACAUUUAAUUAUGCAAGGACACAGUUGGACAUAUUGCACCCAAAGGUUCAAUAUUGUCUGUUGUUUAAGAUGAGAAAAUUGUAAUUGGAUAAAUUUGACUCACUAAAUGAAAAUGUGUAUACAAUUGUACUAAAGCCAGUUUGAGUAUUAAGAAUGUUGUAAAUUUGAAUUUGCCCUGUGUAUAAGGGACAUGUUAUAUACUCAUUUCCAGAUGCUGGAAUACUUGUAAAGGUUUCUGUUUUAGCGCUCUCUAGAUUUUGAUUGGCCUGUAAAUGACCUUUGCCAUCUGACCUUUGACAUAAGAGGUUCAGGAGGUUAUGCUGUUGCCAUGGUUGUUGAAGUUGUUGCCAAAGACUGACUUGAGUUGAGUUGAGUUGAUGAAGAAAGUUGAAGGUUAUAGUUUACUGGGUACGUAGGUCAGAUGUUAAAGGUCACUUCUAUUCACUUCUCUGUGCCAUCCCAGAAUCCCUAUCUGCGCUAUCCCAUGCUGCAUUUAUAAGAAAUAUAUCUAUGAAAUAAAAGCAAACCCAAGUCUUGAUGCUCUACCUUUAGAUGCUGAGCUAAGGUGAAACACUUAGUAAGAUGUAAAGAUUUAAGAGAUGAUACGACACGGAUGUGAAAGUAGGUUAGAUGUAAAUUUAGAUACAAACAAUGGUUAUCUAUCUCUUAGGCUCCGUUCAGUCUGAAUCAGUUAUCCCAGCAUCAAAGGCACAUAUGGUGUUCUCAUCCUGCUGACGUUAUUAGUGGAUUGUAGGGUAUUGUGUAUCAAAGAGAUGCAGCAGUCAGUCACAUUCAGCUUGCUGACUGUUAUGCCAGCAUCCUUGAUGCAGAGAAGGAUGUUUCUCUACCUUGAAAAUUCUCUUUUAUGAUCUUGGAGAGUGGCAUUCCAAAACCAGUGGAUCAAAGUGGUUUUAGGUUAAGAUCUUUAAAAAAAUUGUCACUGGAAAGAAUUUGCCAACAUAUUGUGGUUGAUCCUGAAGCUACAAAAAGUUGUUAGAUCUUUCGACUCAGUCAGAAAAGCCUUGGUCUGAACCUGCUUGCAGGGUGUUUUGUCUCCAUGUGAGACCAUGUGGAAGGACAUUAGCAGGAUACAGAGGCGGCGGCAGCAAAUUUCUUUUGUGGGGGCAAAAUAUUGGUGAUCGAUUUGUGAGCAUGUGGAGGGCCGAAGGCCCGACUUGUCAUGAGCAACAUUUGCGUGACAUCACAGACCGCCUACCGUGACGACGGACCCUUUCACUAAGUAAUAGUUAGAUCAUGGGAGUGGCCUCUACUCGAUGACACGGACCAAGCAUCCCCCUUCCCGUUCUUUGUUCUAUUCCCGGUAAAAAACAUGGUAAGAGGGAUAUGCCUUUUACCGGGAAUAGAACAAAGAACAGGAAGGGAGAUGCUUGGUCCGUGUCAACGCCGACGCUCCCCCAAUACAUUUUGACCUUGUCCAGCGCUUUAGGCGCGGGCCGUCGCAAGGUAGGUUUGGGAAAAUUUAAAAUCUGGACUCCUUGAAACACCAUUUCCUGCAUUUUCUGGGGCAAAUUUUGCUGGUGGACUAGCUAGGUUUAUGAAAUUUCUAUUGGUGAAAAUAUACACAUGGGUUUCAGCUUCAUUUUUUGUGGGGGCAACUGCCCCCACUGUGCUGCCGCCACUGGGAUAGAGACAGAAAGUUUGAAAGUGUGUGGGAGUAAAGGAGAGUGUCUGAAGACAGACGACCAGGUUCUCCAAAAUACUACACAAACAAAAGGAAAGCACCUGCCUGUAUGGUACAAAGUGGCCAUGAGAUAGGGAAUGCUAGUUAUUACCAAUGGGUUGGGUUUUCAGCUUUCAGACGCCGCUACCUUCCAUCCCACUGAUGGUAACACCAUUUGUUUCUUAGAUGUAGUGGAUGUGUGUGCCGUCCUAAGCUCUGACAACUAAGUACAGACUUUUAACUAGCCGUCCUCUGAUACUCCAAGUGCAGAUUUAGUAUAGCCAGUAGUGAACAACCAGAAACAGUUAGUGUAGACAAGCAAGGCAUGUCUUCCCAAGUAGACCACAGAGCUAUUACAAGUGCAAGAAGAAGUACAACAAAGAAACAUUAAGUCUUGCAAAACUCACUUUGCACUAAGACAUGCUAUGGACAAAUAAAUCCCUCAACAUGCAAGCAUGCAUUGUUGGGUGACUGUUAAGAAGUCCAAUUAAGACUGCAGAGAGUAGGAAAAUCCAGCACAGCAAGACUUAAUAAUCAUAGACAAAACUAGAAAAAGGUGAAAUGUAAGCACAGAGAAACUAAGCAUAUAUUCACAUGACAAGGAUUCUGAUGGUUAUUUGUGUCUUACAGUUGCCUUGUUGGAAACUUCAUUGUAUUUUGGCUUUGAAGUUUGAACUGAAGCUCAGCUUGUCCAGAGAUGAUAGUACUGAAAUCUGCAAGGUCCAAACAAAAAAAA